AUGCCAGUGCCAGCCUGUGCCCCGUGUGAGUGUGUGGCACUGAUCGACAGGCCAUGUGAUCAUCCGACACUGUGUUACUGCCCACCCCCCGCCCCGCUGGCCGCCCCACUCUCCUCAUAAUUGGAAAAUUCACUUUUUGCCAAAAAUGGUUUGUGAGGCAGCGAUGGGACGAUGUUGAACAAGGUGUGCUCGUGGUUAGUGACUUGGUACACCGAGUGGAUGGAGCCGGGUGCGCGGAGCUAGAGUCUGUGACAGGAGAAAGCACUAUGGCCAGUAUGGUUAUACAGAAGAAACAGUGACAGGAGAGACGGGGAUACGUAAGCCUGCCUGCGGUAGGUGCUCAAUGGGACACACUAUAUAGACAGGCUCGUCCCAAUGGCUAUCGCGGUGAUGGAGACGUGAGAUACCGACGUGGCUUCCAGGUGGACGGUACAGCAGCUGGUGGCUGCAGCAGGAGACGGAGAGAGGGUGGGGGACACAGCAGUUACAAAGGGGGUUGGGAGGCUGUGGCAGCCUGAGAUCCAUCUCCCACUAUGAUGCCCGAGCUAAGCUCCUGCCGCUACGAGCCGCGUUACUCAGGCAGCCUCUCUCCUGAAGCACGCCCACAUUCCGUGUCUCCGAGCUACCCCAGCCAUGCCCACAGCCACGCCCACAGGCACGCCCACAUCCACUACUCUCCCGCGCACGACGCCCGCCCGUCAUCGGCAGACCUGGCGGAACCUUUCCUAACCAGCUCCCAGCAACACUCUCACGGCCAUCACAGCGAUAGUAACUACGACAUCAAAUCAGAAGAUGACUACCUCGACGACGACGACGAUCCCCACGUCCCGCACGUCCUGGCGCCCUCCACGCACGUCACGGGGCACGCCCACCCCCGCACGUGCUUGCUGUGGGCGUGCAAAGCCUGCAAGAGAAAGAGCGUCACUGUGGACAGGCGGAAAGCAGCCACUAUGCGAGAGAGACGAAGACUGCGAAAGGUGAACGAAGCCUUCGAGAUCCUGAAGCGACGAACGUGCAGCAACCCCAACCAGCGGAUGCCCAAGGUGGAGAUCCUGAGGAACGCCAUCGAGUACAUCGAGUCCCUGGAAGACUUGCUCCAUGGGACUCCUUCCCCUGGGGCCAGCGACCACGACCACCCCUCCGACGGCCCCUGCUCCGCCUCCCACUACCUGGGCUCGGGAGCGCCGGACUACUACCAGGGUCGAGGCGGUGGGAACUACACCCAGACUGGCUCCACCUACACUCCGCUUGGGGGUCCUGAGCAGCAUGGGUCAGGAGGGGGCGGUGGCGGAGGGGGAGGCGGAGGAGCCUCUACUUCCAGUCUAGACUGUCUCUCCCUCAUCGUCGAGUCCAUCAGUCCCGCCAACACCGGCAUCAUCAACACAGUUGCAGACAAGAACACUUAGUGACGUCCCAGCCCACCUCCAGAAUAUAUGAAGGUGGGGCUAUGACUGAAGCUGCAACACACUAUGACCACGAGUGGGGUCAUGACUUGGAGCUGAAAAGCAUGGAGAUGGGACCAUAAUUGGAGCUGAAACACACGAGGAUGGAGGCUAUAACUUGGAGCUGGAACACGCGAGGGUGGGAUCAUAACUGGACCUUCAACCGGUGUUUCAAGGAUGCUUAAUGUCACGAGCCAGUCUACGUAAAACAGGCAGGAAUCAAUUCACAUCGGAAAUUUCUUGUGUUUGCAUAACAAGCAGAGAUGGUUUCGUAAGAUAUGAGGCCAAAUUCGCAACUUUGUUGCUGUUGAUGUGACCUCUAGUGUUGGAGGUGCUGCAGUCUAUUACUGGAGGUAUAUCAACAUUUAGUGAUGUCACCGAACGUCCCAAAGUUAACGUCUCAACACUUGGCUGACGUUAGACCAUCCAAAAAUGAUUUUGGCCGUGUGAGCGGCCAAGGGAUCGAACAUUCGCAAGGUAAUGGCAUGGACUUCUGCAAGAAGAUUGUUUAAUGUUCAUAAUAUGUGACCCACUGAUAAUACGGACUGCUCCUCCUUGACAUAUAUCCCGGGCAUCCACUUCAACAACAUCGCGUCUGUUUCUCGCACACAGACCCGUUUCGUCAACUCCGAGAGAACAAAACAUUGCCUCGUUCCGCACUGGGCCAGCGCGAGAUCUGUUGUAUUAUAGCGCCUUGUAUGCUACUGUAUAACGAAAGUUGUGUUUGGAAAGACAUAUAUACGAAAUAUUUCCACCCAAGUCCACAGUAAUGACAUUAUGUAGGCGUGAAGUAUGUGUGUGGUAGCUCAAGUGUCGUGGAUAAACUGCUUAGGUUGUGGGGAAGGCGUAGCCUGUUAGUGAGGGACACUUAUCGUAGUACACAGCCUUACCACUGGGUGUACCUGCGCUAUGUGAGCUACACAGCCUUACCACUGGCAUUGGAUGUACCUGUGUUGUGUGAGGUGCACACUCUUCCCAGUGGGUGCACCUGUGUUGAGUGAGAGAUACAGUCUUCCCUAUGGGUGUACAAGGGUUGUGAGAGUGACACACAGCAGUACACAGUCUUCCCUGUGGAAAAAGAAUUUUUUUUUUGUAUAUUAGCUUUAGACAUAAGAACUUUCAGCUGCUCUCUCAUCUCAAGCGUUACUUUUUUAUUGUUCAAAUGUAUAAAUUUCCUGUAGAGAAAAGACUUGCAUGACUUCAAUAUGACUAUUGAUAAUUGUUAUGUUAUAGGAGAUACAUUCUCAAAUUCAUCAGAGAUAACAAGAGAUAAAAGGAUUUCACGUUAUCACUGGCAUUAUAAAUGCAUUUACAAGCAUUUUUUGGUCAACAGCCAGUCGAAUAUAUUUAUUUGAGUGGGCUGGUGAGGAGAACAGUAGAUGUGAGUGUCAACCAUAGUUGAGUCAUGUAUAGUUUGUAUUGUUAUUAAGUUAGAGUCAGACCACAAAUAAUGCCAAAGAAAUGAGAGCAUCGACAGUGAGGGUCGAGGGAGCGGAGACGAGGACCUGGACGUCGACAGGUACAUGCUGAUGACGAGGGACCUGGACAUGCACAGGUUCACGAAGAUGACGAGGGACCUGGACAUGCACAGGUUCACGAAGAUGACGAGGGACCUGGACAUGCACAGGUUCACGAAGAUGACGAGGGACCUGGACAUGCACAGGUUCACGAAGAUGACGAGGGACCUGGACAUGCACAGGUUCACGAAGAUGACGAGGGACCUGGACAUGCACAGGUUCACGAAGAUGACGAGGGACCUGGACAUGCACAGGUUCACGAAGAUGACGAGGGACCUGGACAUGCACAGGUUCACGAAGAUGACGAGGGACCUGGACAUUGUAUAGGUACAGAUAUCGAAAGCCCUGACAAUGGAAACCAACGAGUCGACGCCAAAUAUGAAGCCGACUGACAUGUGUGGACAAGGUUGAGGUUCCACUUUGAGUCUUAGAAUACGGUGCUUCAUAGUCUCCACACACUUGGCCUCCUGUUGACCAAACCACACACUAGAAAGUAAAGGGACGACGACGUUUCGGUCCGUCCUGGACCAUUCUCAAGUCGAGAAUGGUCAAUAUGCACCAUAUUGACUUGAGAAUGGUCCAGGGCGGACCGAAACGUCGUCGUACCUUCACCUUCUAGUGUGUGGUCUGGUCAACAUACUUCAGCCACGUUACUGUGACUCAACGCCUGUACUUGGCCUCCUGUAUGUUUGUUGUCAAUUAUUCAUAUAAUAAUAUAAUGGCUGCAGAGGAUGAUGAAAAAAAUUAUUUUUAUGUCUACUUCUUAACGGAAUCUCUUGCUGUGAGGCGUCGAUCGUUGUAAGAUGAUCUGAGAGUAUCAGAGGUCCUCGUCUUCAAGAAACGAGCAAUGAAAGUCUUCCUAUAGGGAAG